UUCCCCGGCUCGCCUUCUACCUGCUUCUGGGCUGGGCCAAGCCUUCCCAGCCCACGACGAGCGCCCCGCCGCCCACCUCCCCUUCGGCUUCGAGGGGGAGGAGACUACAAAGUUCUCCCUCUCGAGUCGCGACUAGACAGUGGCCAUCCGAUCCGUUCGGGUUUGCCUGCAGCGGCGGCAGCAGCGCAGAAGGCAGGGAAGCCCGCCUAGCCGCCCGCCGGCGGGGCCGAGAAUUCAAACAGUAACACAAGAACAUGCAAGAUAAACUUCCUUCUUUACAAGAUCCCUAUUUUGCCAUACUGUGGGUGGACAUUUUUAUCUCCCAAGAGCUGUCCCCAAGAGCCGGCCCAUCUCUCUACCAACUGUAUCUGCCUUAUUUUUAAGCACAAGCCAAGGGCCUGGGCAUCUGCUGGUUUCCAUGGUCACACUGGACUCACUAUGAAGGCCACUCUGAAGACUAGGGAGCCAGAGGUGCCCUUCAGCCCAGGGGCACCAAGGACAUCCUUUGCCUCUCCUUGGACAUCUGGCUCCAGUAUGCCUGGCAUUAUCUGAGGUGAUUUUUGGAGGAGAAAGGCUGCGAGGCCUCUGUCAUGUCUGGCCUAAGCGUGUACAGAAUUAGUUGAAGAAUUCUUUGUGGCAAAGAACAGAACUUCUGUCAUCAAGGAGUUAAAUGGCAUUUUUUGCUCCCUUGCUAGAUGCCUGCUGACAGGCCAGGUGGCUGCCAUGAACUGAGGCCUUGACCUGGACGUAAAAUGAGUCAGAACGCCAGUUCCCACUUGGCUGAUUCGCCUCAGCUCUCCCAGAGCAGCCUGCUCAACAUCUUGGGCAGCCCUCAGCCUGAGAGGAUGAGCCUGUCUGAUUCCCUGCCCCCCACCCCAAAGAGCGGCACCCCCUCGCCCGGGCCGCCACAGCUCCCCCUGCUGAGUGCCGGUUGCCUUGAUGGCGACUGGGAGAGCCGGGAGGAGCUGCGCCUGCGCGAGCUGGAGGAGGCCCGGGCCAGAGCCGCCCAGAUGGAGAAGACGAUGCGCUGGUGGUCGGACUGCACUGCCAACUGGCGGGAGAAGUGGAGCAAGGUGCGCGCCGAGCGCAACAAGGCCCGGGAGGAAGUGCGCCAGCUGCGCCAGAAGCUGGAGACCCUGACCAAGGAGCUGACCAGCCUGAAGCGGGAGAGGCAGGAGGUGCUGAACGAGAACGAACAACUGAGCAAAGAGGUGGCCCGGCUGAAAGGGGAGAGCAAAGGAGAGAAGGAGCUCGACAACCGGGUUGCCUCUGAAAAGGAGAGCGAAGCCUCCCCGGAACAAGAGCCUGUGCGAGACAUGGGUUCCGAGAAGCUGCCGAAAAAUAAGUCACUGCAGGAGUUUGAGCUGAUGGAGAACCUCUUGAAGAGCAAGCAGGAAGGACCCGAGUGCUGGGACCAGCGGAGCACGGUCAGCGUCCGCUCAUCUUUCGCACGCCAGGAAAGGAACCGGCUGCUCUGGGAGGAUGUCUCCAUCCUUGAGGAGGAUGCCACCAAGAUCACUGCCCUGAAGCUGAGGCUGGACGAGUCCCAGAAAGUGCUGCUCAAGGAGCGGGAGGACAAGCUGUCCCUCAGCAAGAACAUCGAGAAGCUGGAAGGCGAGCUGAGCCAAUGGAAGAUCAAGUAUGAGGAACUGAACAAGAACAAGCAGGAAGUGCUGAAGCAGCUGAACGUUCUCAAGGAGAUCCACCAGGAUGAACUGGGACGCAUCUCUGAGGAUCUGGAAGAUGAACUGGGGGCUCGAUCAAGUAUGGACAAGAAAUUGGCUGAGUUGAGGUCAGAGAUGGAACGGCUCCAGGCCGAGAACGCAGCAGAAUGGGGGAAGCGUGAACGCCUCGAGACAGAAAAACUGAACCUGGAACGAGAGAACAAGAAGCUGCGGGCACAGAUUGAGGACCUGGAGGAAGUUCUGGCCCGGAAGAGGAGGCAAACGGCCAGCACUCUUGACACUGAUUUCAAGACCAUCCAAACGGAGCUGUUUGAAAAGAACAAGGAGCUGGCCGACCUGAAGCAUGUGCAUGCAAAGGUGAAGAAACAGUACCAGGAAAAGAUGGCAGAGCUGGCCCAUGCAAACCGGCGGGUGGAGCAGCAUGAGGGAGAGGUGAAGAAGCUGCGCCUGCGUGUCGAAGAGCUCAAGAAGGAGCUGGCCCAAGCUGAGGAUGAGCUUGACGAGGCCCACAACCAGGCACGGAAAUUGCAGAGGUCGCUGGAUGAACAGACAGAGCAAAGUGAGAAUCUCCAAGUUCAGCUGGAGCAUCUGCAGUCCAGGCUUCGCCGUCAGCAGAACAUCCCCCUUUUUGGGAAGAUUCGUAGUUCACGCUUUGGCCCUGACGACCCCGGCGAUGGCAACAGCGACUUGGAAGAAGACGAAGACCUGCAAAUCCAAGUUCCUUAGCAGAUGCCACCAGAGAGAGACUUCAGGCUGUGGCAGAGACACCACGUGGUUGAAGAGCUGAGCGUGGCAUGUGGGUCAGGACAGUUACUUAUGUGCCACGUUUGGCCUUUCGCCGGCCUAAGAGAGGGCAAACAGAGAGCUGUGAGAAAGACUGGGGGAAAGGGCCUCCUUGAGCUGGUCUCUAUAGUAAGAAGGUUUGGUGACAAAACUGAAGAGAGGCCCUGGGAAGACUUCAUGGAGGGAGUUUACUAAACUUUAUGUAAUGCCCCCUUUUCUCCCCAGCUCCAGUCCAUAGAGCAUCACUGAUACUUCCCCCCCCCCAAAAAAGUACAAAGCUCACAUGCUGCAGAGUAGAUAAAUGUGGUGGUAAACACGCCAUUGCCCACACCUCUCCAUUGUUCCAGCCUUAAUUCUUGUCUAGCUAAUGCCUCUCCAUCUCUGACAGACUUGCAGCUUCCACAAACGUAGCCCUCCCCUGGAAGUUAACCACAAUACCUCUGACCUCAAGCCAUACAGAUCCAAGUACAUGGACAUGAUUGAUAUGGGGAGGGAGAGGAUGGGGAAUCUCAUCCUCGAAGCCCCCGAGGCCUACACAUCCACUGCCGUGCUUCCUACAUCGCCUCUCUGCCAAAGAGACCCGUCUGGGAUGGGUCUGCCAGAUCAGCUCCUCCACGUCCCACAAGUCAAACAUAUACUCAGAUAAAAGGCCUGAUGGGAAGGUGAUGGAAGUGGCAGAAAAUAUGAGGGGACGCCCAUCUGCGGAAGCAUCUAAUGCCUCAGCCUGCCCAUAUAUUUGUGUGUGUUUAUGUAUUUGUGUUGAGCCAGCCCUGGAAUUCAACAGGCACUGUAGUCCACUGAACCUUCUCCCCUGUGCCUUUCUGGUGUAACACACAGGCUGAGCAAAAAGUUGGGAAGUCCCCAGUUCAAAUUUCCCACACCCUCUUUCACAGACGUGCUAGGGAACUUUAGGCAAGCCGCUCUCAACCUCUGCUCUCACAACAACAACUGCAAUAUGGAAAUAAUAAUACCUUCCUUUUUGGGUUGUUACAAGGAUUACAAGGCAAUGUAUGUGAAGCACUUUUUAAUUCUUGAAAGCUCUAUAUAAAGGCUAAUUGACAUUAGUAUUACAAUAUGCGCUCCUCUCCCUAUUUCUACGGAGUGCCUGUCUAAUUCACUCUGCCAGUUCCGUGGACAUUCUGCUCCUAAGGUGUCAGGUCCAUAUCCUUGAGAAGGUCCCUGUACAAGCUGGCACAACUUGUGACCCACCAGGCUGUAGGCUGCCCUCUAGCCAUGUAUGGUGGCCACAGAGGUGCUUGACAACCCACCCAGCAAAAUCAGGAGUUUAUGGAGCCCCUGAGGGGCGGCCAUAUAUGGCUGAAGGGCUACGUUCAGCUUGGCAACUCACAAGUUGUGCAAGCCUGAUGAAGUAGCAGCACAGACUGCAAUAAUGGGGAACCAUCACCACCAUCACCUGCUGACAUUUUGCCUUCUGCACAAUUUGUAAAGGCAUGAGAACCAGCUCAAGGUUUGGACCCAGAGAGGGUAGCCAUGAGGCCAUGGAACUGGAUGUCUAGCUAAAAAGGUUGACGACUUCACCCACCAACCCACCCUCCCACACCCUUUAAGCAAACUCUGGGGGGCUGCAGUGAUUAAAACCUUUGGCAAAUUCAAGGCAGAAAGGGACUGAGGGGGACUUUCAAGGCUGGACCUCUCCUGGGUGGGUCAUGUUUCCUCGCACCCCUUCUUCCUAGCUGAAUAGUCUCCAGCCCUUCCUGCAUUUCCUUCUUCUGUUCCGCCUACCUUUGCCAAAGGAUUCCAAAUGCUUUGCAGUUGCAGAUAAAUGAAUCUUUAUUGCAAAGCCAUAGGCUACCAUAAUUCAUCACAUUUAAAAGGGAAAAAAAAUAUUAAAAUACAAGUCAUAUUUCAACAAACACAGUUCAACAGUAAAGGGACAAGCAGCACUAAAUUGCAAAUAAAAUGACUCUUGGAUUCCAGAGAAAUUCAACCAAACCAGCCAAGUGCAUGAAAAUGGCUGGGGUUAGCAUUACAAAUUCAGGAUUUUGGUUUCUGAACUGGACUUCCUUAAUGCGAAAUUUGGAUUUGUUUGGUGCAGAAUGCAGUUAGUGGACCUGACUCUGUCCCUGCUCCUGACACUAUGAGAGGGGGUGGGGGGCUAGGUGAGGCAGCUGCUGCCUCCCAGAGGGACCAUUUACAAAUAGCGCUUGGCAGCUAUUCAAUCCACUUUUAUAAUAAUAAACAGAGUUUAUACAAAAAUGCCUGCACAAAGUGUAGUUCAGUGGAAAGAGCGGCAGAGUUGCACCUUGAAGAGUGAAGGGGUGUGUGUGUUGUCGCCUCAAAGCAGUUCCCAGCACAUAUACCCCAGCCACAAAGCCAGCUGUGUUCCUCAGUGGUGCCAUCUCGGCUGCCAAACAAGCCUUUUCACCUGACUCAACAGUCAGCUGAGAACCAAUUAUGAGCCACCACCAGAGCUUUGAAAACUCCAGCCUCAGAUCUUGCUCUCACUAAUUUUACCUUUGUACAGUAGACCUCUCUCUCUCUCCCUCCCUCCCUCCCUCCCUCCCUAUCUCUCUCCCUCCCUCCCUCUCUCUCUCUCUCUCUCUCUCCCUCCCCCUCCCUCCCUCCCUCUCUCUCUUCCACCCAGACAAGCAAGAAAGCAUUAUCAGAGUUCAAGAGCACCCUCCAGCCAGUCAAAAACACUCUGAAUGGGAAGCAAGGCCAGUGAGGGGUAUGGCCUGGGAAGAGUUCCAAGGGCCAGAUAGAGAGGCCUGAAGUUCCCUUCACUGGUAUACUUGCACUUUUAGUGUGUGUCUGUUCCCUCUGUUCAAACAGGUUUUGGAAACUGCAAAAAAUGCUGCCCCCAUAUCCUUUCUAUCAGAGGGAAGGUAGGACGUGUAUACAUACUCCUUUCAACUCUCAAGGGGUUGUGAGGGCAACCCCUAUUGUCCUCCACUAGCCUUAAUGUCCAGAACUAAUACCUCUACCUGCCACCAGUUGACAUUGUAUCACUGUGGGUCUUUCCACACAGCAGUUUGGUCCUGCUCCUGCAUGCAAAUGUUGCGCUGCAGUCACAUGACAACAUCCUCCCCAAAAUGCUGCCCCCAUAUUGUUUCCGCAGUUAUUCCAGAUUUACCGUUUCCACAGAAUUCUGGAUUAAAAUGGGAGUGGGGGGGAUACAGGAUGGCAUUUUGACAAGGAGGUUGCAUGGGUGUGCCAAGACUCCUGCAUGAGCAGCAGCAACUCCGCAAUCAGUUGCCCUGUGGAAGCAUCCUGUGCGCAAGGCGCAAGUCCAACAUACAGACGUUAGGAGUUGUAUCUAGUGAUACACGUGGGGCCACAAGCUGUACAACGGAGCAGAUCAAUGGCCCAACCCAUCCCUUCUCAUUGUGCUUUGUGCAGAGAGUACUAUCCCCAGUCAAACAUAAUCUCCCACACCAGUUUGACGGCAAGGCCUCCGAUGAAGAGAGAGCAUUUCUGUGUCCUCUGCCUGCUGUUACCCAGCAGUGCCCUUUUGAGAUCUGCUGGGCUUUCCAGUGUGAGAUCACAUGGAUCUCUGGGGGAAACUCCUGAAGCUCUUUUUCGACAGGGAAUUCCAUUUGACAGCCCUUUGAUCAAUGUUCUGACAAAAUCAAAUCCCUCCUCUUUCUCCCCCCCCUUUUAUGUAUGCGUGCACGUGCAUGUGCAAAGGAUCCUCUCCAUGAAUUGUUCCAUGAAUAAAACAUCAUUGCUUGCAA